AUGGACUUUCAUAUGAAACAAUGGAGAAACCAGCAUGAGUCAGAAGAGCAUCAACAUUCUACAAAGAUGCCAAAACUUGCUCUUCAGCCUGCAGAUUCUCAUCAUCAACAACAAUCUUCUGUUACUCCUGCAGGUGCACUUCCUUUGUUUGUACCUCAACAAAACAGCACUAAAGUCACCACCAACUUGUCAGAUUCCACAUUUUCACCUUCUUCCAACAGAUCAUUUCCUAUAAUGGGAAGCCAUUUUAGCUUGUCUCAGUGGCAAGAACUUGAGUUACAGGCUUUGAUAUUCAGGUACAUGUUGGUUGGUGCUUCUGUUCCUCCUGAACUUCUUCAACCUAUCAAGAAAAGUCUUAUCGAUUCAUCUCCUUAUUUCCUUCAUCAUUAUCAUCCUACAGCUUUGUUGCAAACGGGGUAUUGGGGAAGAGGAGCAAUGGAUCCAGAACCCGGUCGUUGCCGGAGAACCGACGGCAAAAAGUGGCGGUGCUCGAGGGAUGUGGUGGCUGGACAAAAGUACUGUGAAAGACACAUGCAUCGUGGUAGAAACCGUUCAAGAAAGCCUGUGGAACUUCCCACACCAACUAGUGCCGGUGCUGGUAGUGCAUCUUUCAAUGCUUCUUCCACUAUUUAUUCACAGCCUCUUGCUAAUGCCUCUUUGAAAUCUCCUUUCAAUCUUCUUCACCUUAAUGAACGUUCAUCUGGGACCAAUAAUGAAGAGAAGAGAUUAUUUGAAAGCGAAGAUCAUGUGGGUGGGGAUGGAAGAUCAGGUGGGCAAAUGCUAAGGCAUUUCUUCGACGAUUGGCCGAGAUCACUGCAAGAGUCUGACAAUGAUGUAUCAUUGAAAUUGUCUACUGGCUAUGCUGAAGAACCAUGUCCUAGAAAUGUAAAUGUGGGCCUAGAAACUGAUCAACAACAAAUUCAUUUGAAUUGGGUUGGAGGAUGGAAUUCAGGUAAUCAAGGAAGUUCUUCAAUGGGAGGAGGACUACUUGCUGACGCACUUAGAUCAUCAUCUACUUCAACUUCUUCACCAACUAGUGUUUUACAUCAAUUGCCACGUUCUUCUGCUGCUUCUGAGACCAGCUACAUUAGUACCUAA